CCAGACUUCCCCAAGCGAAAGUUAUGUCGCAAAGUCAGUCAACGUUUGCCGAGCCGUCGACCCCGAUGAGUGUACAUAAAUCGGAGCCCCAGGCGAUUGGUGGAUCUCCUCAUAAAAAUUAUCCUUGUCAACCUCGCUUUCUACCGGAUCAGCUGGAGUGCCUUGCUUGGCUUGCUGGCAAGUGGAACGUUUUUGAACCUGGGAAAUGUCAUUAUCCCACGAUAAAGGAUUUUGCUUACGCGGAAAAGAUCGAGUUCGUUUUUGGGGGCCAGCCCAUGUUGGACUAUAAGGCGGAAUCCUGGGAUCCUUCAUCGCAGCCUCACAAACUUUUACAUCGCGAGCAAGGUUUUUUGCGGAUCAAACCAGGCACUAACCAGAUUGCUUUUGUUUUGGCUCAUAACUUCGGAGUGUCCGAAACACUGGAAGGGACUUGCAUGAAAAAUCAGCUGGUUGUGGAGACGACUGGGAUCAGCCGGAUGUCCUUUGCAGCGGAACCAGCUGUCGUGCGAACUCGCCGAACUUAUAAAUAUGAUCCAGAAAAGGAAGAACUGGAGCACAUUAUGGAAAUGGAAACAAAGAAGACGCCUCUGACUGAGCAUCUCCGCAUCAAAUACAAGCGUGCCACCCAUACAAGUUCGGACGAUGCAUUAAAGCAUUAAAUCUGAAUUACGAGACAUUUCUGUCUGACAAAGUACAAACUGUUUACUCUGUGGAAGAUUUGUUCCGACAGGUUUCAUCAUGCACAGUCUCUCAAUUGUUCCUUGCUUUCUUUUCCCAACUUAUUCGGUGUUGUAUAACAUCAAAUUUGCCUUUAGUUUUUGUAUUCGUAAACGAACUUUAGUAAGUAGUGGCCAGUCGAGAGUUAAUGCACGCCACGGUUGAAUUAUUUUAUAACGAAAAAUUAAUAAAUUUAAUA